AUGUCUCUCAUUGCCUUAUUCAAGCUGCCUAGUAGCUGUAGACAGUCUGUUCUACGAAAUGUUACCACACAUUCCCAGGUGUCGUUAAGGACCGUAUUCUACCAUGGCGGAGCUUCUUCAAUUUCCUACCGCCAAUAUAAGCCGUUGGUCGCUUCUCGAAGCCAGAGAACAUUUCACCAAUCCAUCUCAAAGACUAAGGCUGUGGCACUAGAUCAAGGUCAUAUUUCGGUAUCCAAGCCAAUUUCCGGACUUCAACCUCCGGCACCUUACCAGCCACCAACUACUGGUCUACUAUCAGUCCUCCCAUCUUCAUGGGUCCCUUACGCUGAACUCGUCAGGCUUGACAAGCCGACUGGGACCUACUACCUCUUCUUUCCCUGUCUAUUCUCGACACUACUUGCAGCACCUCUGGCUGUUCCAAUUGCUUCACCUCUCUCAGUUGUUGGAACCUCUCUCCUUUUCUUCGGUGGUGCACUGAUCAUGCGUGGAGCUGGCUGUGCCAUCAACGACCUCUGGGAUCGCAACCUUGAUCCACACGUUACACGAACACGGCUGCGACCCAUUGCGCGAAGAGCAAUAACUCCAUUCAAAGCUCUUGCUUUCACAGGUGCCCAGCUCUUCACCGGUCUUGGGAUACUUCUCCAGUUCCCGCUCGAGUGCUUCUUUUAUGCCACACCGAGUCUGCUACUAGUAGCCUCUUAUCCAUUAGCGAAGAGAGUAACGCAUUAUCCUCAGUUUGUUCUCGGGUUGACGUUUUCUUGGGGUGCAUUUAUGGGAUUUCCAGCUCUGGGGAUCGAUCUCUUGCAAAAUAAUGCAGCUCUGACUGCUGCGGCAUUCCUUUACACUUCGAAUAUAGCGUGGACAGUCUUGUACGAUAUGAUAUACGCACACAUGGAUAUCAAAGACGAUGCAAAGGCUGGAAUCAAAAGCAUUGCCUUGAGACACGAUAAGCAGACAAAGCAGAUUUUGAGUGGUCUUGCUAUCACUCAGAUCGGCCUUUUGGCAGCGGCUGGUGUUGCAGCUGGAGCAGGACCUGUAUUCUUUGUUGGCAGCUGCGGUGGUGCAGCUUUGACGCUGGCUGUAAUGAUCAAGAAGGUCAACUUGAAAAGUGUUAAGGAUUGCUGGUGGUGGUUCGUCAAUGGCUGUUGGAUCACUGGAGGUGUGAUCUCUGCUGGGCUUGGGGCGGAAUACCUUGUUCAGUACUCACAUAGGACGGAUAGGGGAGUCGAAGCGAAGGUUGGAUAA